CGCCCCCUUUCUCUGCACUCACGUACACACACACACACUGUGCUGUAACUGUGUGAAGACCUGCUGCAGCUGCUGCUCGUGUGAACUUCAUCGUCGUGGAGUUGAGACAAUCCUGAAGCAUGCCGCUGGUUCGCAGCCUGUCUGUCACGUCCCUCCCUGGGAUGGAGGAUUGGGACGAGGAGUUCGAGUUGGAGGACGCAGUUCUUUUUGAGAUUGCCUGGGAGGUCGCUAACAAAGUUGGAGGCAUCUACACCGUCAUCCAAACCAAAGCCCGUCUGACCGCAGAGGAAUGGGGGGAGAACUAUUUCCUGGUUGGUCCGUACGUGGAAAGCAACGUGCGCACUCAGGUGGAGCUGAUUGAGCCGACCAACCCCACCCUGAAGCAAACCAUUGACAAGAUGAACUCCAGUGGGUGUAAGGUCUACUUUGGCCGCUGGCUUAUUGAAGGCAGUCCCUAUGUUGUUUUGAUUGAUGUUGCGUUCACUGCGUGGUCUCUGGACUCCUGGAAGAGCGAGCUUUGGGAUCUAUGUGACAUUGGCGUGCCUUGGUUCGACCGUGAGGCCAACGAUGCUGUGCUGUUUGGGUUCCUGACAGCCUGGCUGCUGGGAGAGUUCGCAGCUCAGAGUGAGGAGCCUCCACACAUUGUGGCCCAUUUCCAUGAGUGGCUGGCCGGCCUGGGCCUGGUGUUGUGCAGACACAGAAAACUGCCUGUUGCAACCGUCUUCACUACUCACGCUACACUGCUGGGACGAUACUUGUGUGCAGGAAAUGUGGACUUCUAUAACAAUCUUGGAAAGUUUAACCUGGAUAAAGAGGCAGGCGACAGACAGAUCUACCAUCGCUACUGUUUAGAGCGGGCGGCUGCUCACUGUGCUCACGUCUUCACCACUGUGUCACAAAUAACAGCCAUCGAGGCGGAGCAUCUGUUGAAGAGGAAGCCAGACAUCGUUACUCCCAACGGCCUCAAUGUGAAAAAGUUCUCAGCCAUGCACGAGUUUCAAAAUCUCCACGCUCAGAGCAAGAAUCGCAUUCAGGAGUUCAUCAGAGGACAUUUCUACGGGCACCUUGACUUCAACCUGGACAAGUGUUUGUUCCUUUUCAUAGCCGGAAGGUACGAGUUCUCCAACAAAGGAGCCGAUAUCUUCCUGGAAGCUUUAGCGAGACUCAACUAUCUACUGAGAGUGAACCAAAGUGACGUAACCGUCGUCGCAUUCUUCAUCAUGCCAGCACGGACAAACAACUUCAACGUGGAGACAUUAAAGGGCCAGGCAGUCAGAAAACAGCUCUGGGACACUGCUCACACGGUGAAGGAACGCUUCGGAAAGAAACUUUACGAGUCACUUCUAGUUGGGCAGCUGCCAGAUGUAUCAAAGAUGCUGGACAAAGAGGAUUUCACCCUAAUGAAGCGUGCCAUCUUUGCAACCCAGAGACAGAGCCAGCCUCCAGUCUGCACCCAUAACAUGCUGGAUGACGGCAGUGACCCCAUCCUCAACUCUGUCCGCCGCAUCGGCCUUUUCAACAGCUCUUCUGAUCGCGUCAAGAUAAUCUUCCAUCCAGAGUUCCUAUCAUCCACCUCUCCUUUACUUCCGAUGGAUUAUGAGGAGUUUGUAAGAGGCUGCCACCUUGGUGUCUUUCCCUCUUACUAUGAGCCUUGGGGCUACACCCCCGCUGAGUGCACAGUCAUGGGAAUCCCGUCAAUCUCCACUAACCUGUCGGGCUUUGGCUGUUUCAUGGAUGAACACAUAGCAGACCCCACAGCGUAUGGGAUCUACAUCCUGGACAGACGGUUCCGGGGGGUCGACGAGUCGUGUCACCAGCUCACUUCCUUCCUGUUUCAGUUCUGCAAGCAGAGUCGCCGGCAGCGGAUUAUCCAGAGGAACCGCACUGAGCGCCUGAGUGACCUGCUGGACUGGAAAUACCUCGGCAGGUAUUAUGUGGCUGCUCGUCAUAUGGCCCUGGCCAAAGCCUUCCCUGACUUUUACUUGUAUGAGCCUCAUGAGCCCACCUCAGCCACAGGCUUCCGUUACCCUCGACCUGCCUCCGUGCCACCAUCUCCUGCUCUGUCCCGCCACUCGUCUCCGCGCCAGAGCGAGGGUGAGGACAACGCCGACGAUGACGAGCACUAUGAUGAGGAUCUGGAGGCAGAGAAGGACCGGGUGAACAUCCGCCAGCCCUUAAACAUGUCCUCGAAGACCCCUCUUAUCUACAUGGGAAGCGGGAACAGCAGCGCUGCCUCAAGCGAGAAAAAUUGACACCCACCCAGACGUACAUACGAUAUGUAGAAUACACGCAUUGCACAUGAAACCUAAACUAGUGAACUAAUAUGGAACAUAUUAGUCACCCAUGUACUUGUGAACUUUAUAUAGGUGGGAAGUUGCAUUUACAACAUGUACAAUUGGCUUGUUGUAAAGAAGUGCAUCACUGUUGUUGUCUUCCCAACUCAUGCAUACCUCAGUUUUAACAAAAAAUUCACCAGCAGUGAAACCAGUGAUUUGCUGUGUAUAGUAAAUUCAGCAGCUAUUCUGGGCUAAAUAGCAGUUCAUCGUGAAGCAAAAAUAACCAGAAGUGUUAUAUUUUGUUGAGGCAGAACAGUGGAUUACAUUGGUCUAAAGCAGUGAAGAAAAGAAUAACAUAGGAUUAUUGUACGUUUCAUGAGGUUAUUUCUUUUGAUUUUUUUAAAUACUUAAGCCAGAGAUGGGUCCGAGUGGGGAAAGCAGUGUAGCCGUCCUUUUUACUAGCUUGUAAUCUUUGCACACUGAAAGCAGGAUGAGCUACUUUCUAGGCCCAUAUUAAGAAAUUGGUCAGUUGCUGCGACGAGCCACAAAUGGCACAAUUCAGUGCUUUAAACUACACUUUCCACCUUAUUGUAGCUUCUUCUAUCUGUUUUUCUUUACCACAGAAGCUGCAGGAGUGGAGAUCAAAUAUAAACGGUCACAUACAAAACGCAUAGCAUGAAUCGGUUUAGGUGUGUGUGUGUGUGUGUUUUCAUUUUGUUCCUGUGCCAAGUGGUAUCACAGGCUUUCAGUGACAACCAGCCCGUUUAUGUAUGUAUGUGUGUGUGUGUGUGUGUGUUUUGUGGUGAUGGAUAUUCCAGGGCUUGCCUGUUUCAGUGUGUAUUUAUUUUUGAAAGAAAAGAGAUGAGAUGGACUCUGUCCUGUGCUGUGAUGGCAAACGUAUUUUCAGAUGAGAGCCGUACGAAAUGACACUGACACUCCCUGUAACAGUUUUAUCAUUUGCUAUAAACUUCCACCUGAUUAAUCUAUAAUAAAAAAUUUAAAUAUGUAAUUUA